AUGGCCACCAUCAAGGCCAUCGAGGCCAAGUCUGUACACCAGAUCCAAUCGGGUCAAGUCAUCGUCGACCUAUGCUCUGUGGUCAAGGAGUUAGUUGAGAACAGCCUUGAUGCUGGUGCCACUGCCCUCGAAGUACGGUUCAAGAAUAACGGUCUGGAUUCGAUCGAGGUACAGGACAAUGGCUCUGGCAUUGAUCCUGCCAACUACGAGAAUGUAGCCUUGAAGCACUUCACGUCCAAGUUGUCCAGCUACGAUGACCUGUCUAGUCUUCACACCUUUGGCUUUCGAGGCGAAGCCCUUUCGUCUCUUUGCGCGCUUUCCAAGUUUUCUCUCGUUACUGCGCAAGUAGACGAGGCUCCCAAGGGGAAACGGCUCGAGUUUGACACGUUGGGCAGAUUGAAGUCGACCACAAUUGUUGCAGCGCAGAAAGGCACAACGGCUACCGUGGAGAAUCUAUUUGAAAGCCUUCCCGUCAGACGCAAAGAGUUGAGCAAAAACAUCAAGCGAGAGUAUGGCAAAGUUCUAGGACUCCUGCAUGCGUAUGCAUGCAUCGGCGUCAAUGUCAAGUUCACGGUCAAGAAUACCAUGCCAAAAAGCAAGAGCGUGUCGGUCUUUUCGACCAAGGGCAAUGCUACCACACGAGAGAAUAUAGCGAACGUCUACGGUACGAAGACUCUGAGUGCCCUGGUCCCUUUGGACCUUGAUCUCCAGUAUCAGUCCACAUUGACUCAAAUGGCACGAAAAGAAAAACAUACCAGCAUACGGGUCAAGGGCCAUAUUUCUAAACCUAUUUUCGGGGAAGGUCGACAGACCCCCGAUCGACAGAUGUUCUUCGUUAACGGUAGGCCGUGUGGUUUGCCGCAGAUAGCGAAAGCUAUCAAUGAGGUAUACAAGGCGUUCAAUGUUUCGCAAUCGCCUUUCAUUUUCGCAGACCUCCAAAUGGACACCAAUGCAUACGAUGUAAACGUCUCGCCGGACAAGAGAACUAUAUUGAUCCAUGACUCGGCGUCGCUGAUUGAGAACCUGAAAACCGCCUUGAAUGAUAUGUUCGAUCAGCAAGAACAGACGGUACCACAAUCCCAGCUGUCAACAACCAAACUGCCUGCCUUUCGGAAACUUAACUUCCAGCGUCAGGCAUCUUCGGAUUCACCAGACGCAACCAGCCGCCGUACGUCACUCUCCGACACCACAGACUUGUGCGACGAUGGCCAAAACGAAGACGAAGACGAAGAAGAAACAGGUCGGACGAGUUUUAAGACCUCGCUCUUCCGAGAUCACUUCCAAAAUCUGGCUAGUUCAAGAGAGGAGCCUGUACCAAUGGAGAAACAACAAACUAAUACACGGAAGGCUCAGGAAAAACGAGCGGAAAAAAUUGCCCAGCAGGUGGCCGAGCACGAAGCUCACGGGAUGGAAGAGUACGACGAUGUCCGGGAGAUCGAUACACCGAGCCGGCAGAGCGCGGCCAACGAAGAGGAAGAGGAAGAGCCUUCUCAGUAUAGUCCAAGCAAAAUACAUGCCCAAGACUUAAACGCAAGAAUGGCUGAAGCCCAGUCGGAGGGACCGCCACAGCAACGUCCAGAAAUGGCAACUGUAGCACAACCAAAGCCUUCCGAAGCAAAAGGGGUUGUGCUCAACGCUUUUGAUCGCAUGAGGCCAAAGAGAGUCCCCGCAGAAAUAGCCACUGUCACGGUUGGGGACCAGACGUUCACCACGAUACUAGGUAGUCAGCCGCCCAGAUCGCAGCGGGUUGGAAGAAGCCCCGAUACUGUGGCUAGCACGGUGAAAUCCAAGAAACGUGCAAAAAGCCCUGGCACGCGACAGUUUUCGCAGCAGCUACGCAGGUUCGGUGUUGGAGGACUUGAAACUGCAAAUGAGCAGGAAGCUGAAGAUGAGGAAGCAGACGUGGAGUCAGACGCUCGAGAAGGUGACGCGGAUGACAAUGAAGAAUCUGAGGCUGAAGAAGAAAUCGAGGCAGAUAUCGCGAGUCUCAAUGGACAUGAUGCUAGCGACGAGCAGACGACUCAUAUACAAGAUGGCGAUACCGGAGGCGAUGACGAUUAUAUCGACGAAGAAGAAAAGAAGAGGGCGGAAGACGCCAAGGUCGAAGAGCUCAUUCGAGCGGCCGAAGCCAGCUCUGCUCUACCGAGCAAAGAGAACCUGAGAAGAGCGACAAAAGCCCUUGCUGGAGGGCGUACCAGGGAUUCAACGACAAAUUUGCUGGCAACGGUCGAUGUCUCUAUCUCAUCGAUAGCAUCUCAGGUACGCGAACACGGUGAAAUUGUGAAUGGCGGCCAAACGAACCUGGCGCCACGUGCGGAUGGAUUGGAGGCUGGACUCGCGUACGACCCUGAAGCCCGUCUCUCGUUGACGGUCUCCAAGCCCGAUUUUGCAAGAAUGAGAGUUGUCGGACAAUUCAACCUUGGCUUCAUCCUUGCAGUUCGACCUGCCCGCUCGGAUGCUGAAGAGAAUGAUCAGUCCAAGCAAGAUGAGCUCUUCAUUAUUGACCAGCAUGCUUCUGAUGAAAAGUACAACUUCGAAAGACUACAAGCCGAGACCGUCGUCGGCAACCAACGACUGGUGCGACCAGUGGUACUCGAGCUAACCGCCGUCGAAGAAGAGAUUGUCUUCGAGAACACCAGUGCUCUAGAGAAGAAUGGAUUCCUGGUGGAGAUUGACACCAGUGGACAAAGCAUGGUUGGACAACGGUGCAGCCUCGUCAGCCUGCCCUUGAGCAAAGAAGUUGUUUUUGGUGUUCGAGACUUGGAGGAAUUGAUCCAGUUGCUCGCCGAUUCCCCCAGCUUUGGAGAGGCCGGGAUCCCCAGACCAAGCAAAGUCAGAAAGAUGUUUGCGAUGCGCGCGUGUCGAUCGAGUAUCAUGAUCGGCAAGACAUUAUCCAAGAAGCAGAUGCAGAAGGUGGUGGCGCAGAUGGGGACUAUCGACAAGCCUUGGAACUGCCCUCAUGGACGGCCGACCAUGCGACAUGUAUGCACUCUGGACACCCUGCAGUCAUGGCGGGAGGGGGUUGAGCAACACGAGGAAGAUCAUGUUAGCCUGGGAGAGGCACUGCGUAAAUACGUCGCGAUCGCCUGA